CGCCCCAGCCCAGCCCCCCCCCCGCCGCGCUCGCUCCCGGGGUGGGGGCAGCCGCCGCCGCCGCAGCCGGCCCUCUAGUCCGGUCAGGGAGCCGUCGAUCCGGUCCCUCCCUCCUGCACUGCCCUUUCCUUGCAGCCCCCUCCCAGCCUGGGCGGCCGAAGCCCGGAGAGGCUGGAGCGCGGGGCGCCUCAGCGUUCCCAAAUCGAACGGCGUGGGGCUGCCGGGGCUGCCCGGGCGGGCGGCGAGCGCCACAUUCCGAGAUCGAAGCUUGGCUGCCGCUGCGUUCGGAAGCGGAACUCUCCUGGGGCCACCGCCGCUGCCGCCGCGGCUACAUUGUUUCCUCCUCCUCCUCCUCCUCCUCCCCCCCCUCCUCCGGCUCUUUUCUUCACUCCCCGGCCCGGGCCGCGCGGCCGUCCCCGAGCCGUGGUCCAGGCGCUCUCCUGCCUUCUUCCCGCUCCUUACUACCCCCCUCCCCCAGAGCUCCUUUGUACCCCUCCUUUUGGGACCCCCCCUCCCCAGCCGCAUGGACUGUCCGGCAGCCCACUGAUGUCGCCCGCGGCGAAGUGGACCGGACCGCUGCGCCCAGACAGAGCUCUAAUGGUACCAAGUGACGGAGCCUUCUUGUGAGAGUCGGACCUCAGAACUCCAGAGAAGAUGUCGGCAAUCCAGGCCGUCUGGCCAUCCGGUACAGAAUGUAUUGCCAAGUACAACUUCCACGGCACAGCAGAGCAAGACCUGCCCUUCAGCAAAGGGGACGUUCUCACCAUAGUUGCUGUCACCAAGGACCCCAACUGGUACAAAGCCAAAAACAAGGUUGGCCGAGAGGGCAUCAUCCCAGCCAACUAUGUGCAGAAGCGGGAAGGAGUGAAAGUGGGCACCAAGCUGAGCCUCAUGCCGUGGUUCCACGGGAAGAUCACCCGCGAGCAGGCGGAGCGGCUGCUCUACCCACCCGAGACCGGCCUGUUCCUGGUCCGAGAGAGCACCAACUACCCGGGCGACUACACGCUGUGCGUGAGCUGCGAGGGCAAGGUGGAACACUACCGCAUCAUCUACAACUCGAGCAAGCUCAGCAUCGACGAGGAGGUCUUCUUUGAGAACCUCAUGCAGCUGGUGGAGCACUACACCACGGAUGCCGACGGGCUCUGCACUCGCCUCAUCAAGCCCAAAGUCAUGGAAGGGACGGUGGCAGCCCAGGACGAGUUCUCCCGGAGCGGCUGGGCCCUCAACAUGAAGGACCUCAAGCUGCUUCAGACCAUCGGCAAGGGCGAGUUCGGAGACGUGAUGCUCGGGGACUAUCGGGGCAACAAAGUCGCCGUGAAGUGCAUUAAGAAUGACGCCACCGCGCAGGCCUUCCUGGCAGAAGCCUCAGUCAUGACGCAGCUGCGGCACAGCAACCUGGUGCAGCUCCUCGGCGUGAUCGUGGAGGAGAAGGGCGGCCUCUACAUCGUCACCGAGUACAUGGCCAAGGGCAGCCUGGUGGACUACCUCCGGUCCCGCGGCCGCUCCGUGCUGGGCGGCGACUGCCUCCUCAAGUUCUCCCUAGAUGUGUGCGAGGCCAUGGAGUACCUGGAGGCCAACAACUUUGUGCACCGGGACCUGGCGGCCCGCAACGUGCUCGUGUCUGAAGACAACAUCGCCAAGGUCAGCGACUUCGGCCUCACCAAGGAGGCCUCCUGCACCCAGGACACGGGGAAGCUGCCCGUCAAGUGGACCGCCCCCGAGGCCCUGAGAGAGAAGAAAUUCUCCACCAAGUCGGACGUGUGGAGUUUCGGGAUACUCCUCUGGGAAAUCUACUCCUUCGGCCGAGUGCCUUAUCCGAGAAUCCCCCUGAAGGACGUGGUCCCGAGAGUGGAGAAGGGCUACAAGAUGGACGCGCCGGAUGGCUGCCCGGCCGCCGUCUACGAGGUGAUGAGGAAUUGCUGGCAUCUGGACGCUGCCAACCGGCCCUCCUUCCUGCAGCUUAGGGAACAGCUAGAACAUAUCAAAGCCCACGAGCUGCACCUGUGAAUGCCAGCGUGGCAGCGAGGGCACCCCGUGGGCGCCCUGGCCCGCCUUCUUCAAUCCCCUCGACACAGAGACUGAGGUGCUGUUGAGAACUGGACCAGCUCGGGCGGAAGCCCCCCUGGGAAAGACUGUGCACAUCCCUCCGGCCUCCCCCCGGAGCCAGGGUGCUGCUGGAGGGGCGCUGGGAGUGUGGGGAGCAGUCGGGGGUCCUUCAUUCCAAAGUGACAUGUCCUGGCUUCCCCCCGCUCCGCCCUCCCAGCCCCCCACCAGCCCCUCGCCGCCUCUUCUCUCCACCAUGGGAUGCCCAUCUUGGCCUGUCCCUCUCACAGGUCAGCUGAGCAGGGACCAAAGGGGUUUGGGGGGACCGCACUGAAAUGGGAGGAAGGGGCAGACUCGAUCCCUCGUCUCCCCCAUCCUCCCGGCUCCUGCCUGCCUCUCUUUCUCAUUUUCUUCUUUCUUCCUCUUUUUUUAUGAUUUUUUUCUGUUUUUUUUUUCAAGUUGAGGAGAAAAAAAAUACCCAAUUUGGGGCAUUUUACAAGAAGUACGAAUCUCAUUCUUAAUGUAUUAAGGGCAGAGGGGGAAGGGUAUGGAAAGGCAAGAAACGCCCCCUCCCCAUUCCCCCCGAGUUCUCUCGCCCCCGGCCCCUGUCAGAAGCAGUCCAUGCCCCCUCCCUGCCCACCUCCCAGCCUCGGGCCUGGUGUUUGCGCUUGACCCUGUCUCAGUGUUGCAUGCCGAUCCCAGAGGCCUUUGCGUUUCUGUCCGGUGCUUAAUCUCAUGUAUUGCUGCCCACCCUGUGAGAUGAAACUGUAAUAAACCAUUCCAUGAGGACACCCGA